AUGAGCGCCUUGAGUGCCAGUUUUCGGAAUGUAAAGUGGUAUUUGAAAGAUCGUGUUACAACAACGCCAGUCAAAGCAUUCAAUGCUCUCAUUUCUGGACAAUUAGCACCAAAUAAGAAUUUUAGCAUGAAUAAAGAUCAAAUAUCGGAAGGAGAUCAUCUUUUGUUUUUCAACUGUCCGGAAAAUGCAGGUUUAAGUCCUGAUGGAUAUUUUGAAUACCAAACGCCAAGGUCUCUUCUCCGGAAUCAGAAUCUUGUUUACAACAGAAGGAUGUGGGCAUUUGGAAGCAUGGACUUCAAGUCUCCAUUGCAAGAAAAUAGGGAAUACAUUUGUCAGGAGACUGUCCGUUAUUUGAAAGUGCUUAAAAAUGAUGUUUAUGUUGGGAUCAAUCGGGCAGUAAUGGACGCCGAGACUGGUCUUACCGCGGUGGACGAGCAGCGCACUUUAAUAUACACGCAAAGCGCAUUGAGCUCGCUGCAAACCAGCUCACCAGAAGAAGUAAGUGAUUACAGUUCGCUCCCACUGACAUUCGACGAUUGCAGUAUCUUUCGAUACAGUGCGUUGACGUAUAACUCUCAUAGGAUACACUGGGAUAGAUUUUAUUGCCGAAAUGUCGAGGGCUACAAAGACAUUAUUGUUCAAGGUCCCCUCAUGGUUCACAUUAUACUCAAAUAUGCCCGGUUCGGUCUUGGCUUAACAGUUACACGUGUGAAAUACAAGAAUAUGCAUAUCUUGUACCCUGGAACAGCGGUGAGCAUCGGGGUUCGCCACGUAUCGCCCAAACAGCAGGAGAUUGAGUUGAAAGAUUCCACAAAUGGACGGGUUUAUUGUAAGCUUAGUAUGGACGUGAAAUGA